CCUUUAAGAGUGGCAGAGUUCUAGAAAAGGGUUGUCUCGCGCCUGCGCACGGGAGCCUUGACCUCGCGCUCAGUCAGCGCUGCUCGUGACUAUUUCUUGUUGUUAUUUUUUUUUUUAAAGGUGGUAGUUGGUGGUGGGGGAGGGGGAGUUAUAACGUUUUGCGUUCGAUUCUCAUAAUUGAACCAGUAGCAGUGCCCUCGUUACCAUAGCGACCUGUCCCUAGACGGGCCCGGCCUGGGACAGAGCCCCAGCAGCUGAGGCCAUGGAGGAACCUGGAGCAACCGCCCCGUCCUUCUCAGGAGAGGACAGCACCGCGUCCGAAGUGACAGAGAUCCGUGUAUCUGGCCCGCAGCCCCUGCGGCUCUUGGAGUGGAAGGUAUCGGCUGGAGCGGCCGUGAAAAUCGGGUCGGUGUUGGCGGUUUGCGUGCCCAUCGUAGUCCCAGCCCGUCCUGGAGCCUCACCCCCCGAGACCGGCCCUCAGCGGGCAGCCGAGCGAAAGGUCAAGGCGGAGCGGCCCGGAGUAGUGCGAGAGCUGUGCGCGCAGCGUGAACAGGUCAUCCCGCCUGGAGGUGUUUUGGUGAGGCUGGAGGGAUGCAGCCAUCCUGUUGUUAUGAAAGGAUUAUGUGCAGAGUGUGGGCAGGAUUUAACACAGUUACAAAGCAAGAAUGGAAAACAGAAUAUGCCAGUAUCCACAGCAACUGUAUCAAUGGUACAUAGUGUACCAGAAUUGAUGGUUAGCUCUGAGCAAGCUGAACAGUUAGGAAGAGAAGACCAGGAGAGAUUACGUCGAAAUCGAAAACUGGUGCUGAUGGUAGAUUUGGACCAGACAUUGAUCCAUACCACAGAACAGCACUGCCAACAGAUGUCUAACAGAGGAAUAUUUCAUUUUCAGUUAGGUCGAGGGGAACCUAUGCUGCAUACUCGGUUGCGUCCUCAUUGCAGAGAGUUCCUAGAAAAGAUUGCCAAGUUGUAUGAAUUACAUGUAUUCACCUUUGGAAGCAGACUUUAUGCACAUACAAUUGCAGCGUUCUUGGACUCCGAAAAGAAGCUUUUUUCCCAUCGAAUAUUGUCAAGGGAUGAAUGUAUAGAUCCAUAUUCUAAAACUGGGAAUCUUAGAAACUUAUUUCCUUGUGGCGAUUCCAUGGUUUGUAUUAUUGAUGACAGAGAGGAUGUCUGGAAAUUUGCACCAAAUUUGAUAACUGUGAAGAAAUACGUAUACUUUCAGGGCAUAGGAGAUAUUAAUGCACCACCUGGAUCAAGGGAAGCGCAAAUGAAAAAGACAGCAAAUCAAUCUUCAAAAGUAGCUGAGGCAUUGGGUCCAGCAGCAGUAACAAGAGACUCUGAAGAAGUAAAGGACGUUGGAAAUGUAGAACAAAGCAACGGUGUUCAAAAAUCUACAAAGGAAGUAAACGGCAAUAACUCUGUUGCCAAUGAGACCUCAUCCUGGGAUUUGAAUUCUAAUGAUAGAGCUAAAGUUAGAGACUCCUUAAGUGAUUCUGAUCACAUAGAGGAUGUUACUAACACAAAUGAUACAAGUGCCAAGGAGUCUCAAGUGUGUUCAGACCAUGAUAAUAGGACAGUUGUAGGCAAGCCACAGAUUCAAAACAAGUCAGCCAAUUAUUUGGACUUUGAAUUGUCAAGUGAUAGUGAAAGCGACGGUGGUUUGGAUGCUAGGAAAUCAUCUUCUUCUGCCUCAGAUAGUGGAAAUGAAGGAAAGAGAAGCUGGAGAAAAUCAAAGCAGUCUGUACAGGAAGAAAGUACAAUGCUUCUUCUGGGAACUGAUACUAAUGUUGAAAAGACUGGACAGUCAAACCAUUCUGGAGACUCUUUAUCCUCGCCUAGCAUCAAUCCGCAUCCCAAGGCAUUUGAUCUGGAAGUACAUGAAGAGAGUGAACAAGACAGCCUUUGUAGCUUAGGAAAUGGAUGUGUGGACAAGAAAGAGGCAGAGACAGAAUCUCAAAAUAGUGAACAAUCUGGGAUAACUGUGGGAGAAUCUUUAGAUCAAAGCAUGGAGGAAGAGGAAGAUGAUGAUACAGACAGUGAUGACCAUUUAAUAUAUCUUGAAGAGAUUCUUGUUCGGGUGCACACAGAUUAUUACUCAAAGUAUGAUAAAUAUGUGAGAAAAGAAACUGAUGAAAUUCCAGAUAUAAGAAAAAUAGUCCCAGAACUGAAACAAAAAGUGUUGUCAGAUGUGACCAUAUUAUUUAGUGGAUUAUACCCAACAAAUUUUCCCAUAGAAAAAACACGUGAGCAUUAUCAUGCUACUGCACUUGGAGCUAAGAUUGCAAAAAACCUAGUAUUGAAUGAAGAUGACCCCAAUAGGCCAACCCACGUUAUUGCAGCAAGAGCUGGCACCGAAAAAGUCAGACAAGCUCAGAACUAUAAAAAUCUCCAUAUUGUAAAUCCAGACUGGUUAUGGAGCUGCUUGGAGCGUUGGGACAAAGUGGAAGAACAGCUGUUUCCUUUGAAGGAUGACUACCUUAAAACACAAAGAGAGAACAGUCCUGCCAUGUUUCCAGAUAUACAUAGCGCUUUCCAGACUGCCCUUUUUCAUCCAACUCCCAUUCAUCCAAAGUGUCAGCCUCCUCCUGAAGUUCGGCUUUAUGAUCCCAACACUGGAAAACUAAUUAGGAAAGGAUCUCAAAAUGCCAACCAGUCUCUGUAUAUUCAACCACCAGCUCCUCCCCUCACUCUACCAGUCCAUGGGGAACAUUCCUUAUUCAGAGUUGUUCAACCACAUCAACAGCUUUUUGAUGAAGAGGAGAUGCCAGCAAAUGAGAGUGAUGAACCCGACCCAUCAAAACGGAAACGCCAGCCAAGUAUGUCUGAGACAAUGCCACUAUAUACUCUCUGUAAAGAGGAUUUAGAAAGUAUGGAUAAAGAGGUUGAUGACAUAUUAGGAGAAGGCAGUGACGAUAGUGACAGUGAAAAAAAGAAGGCAGGAGAUGGAAAGGCAGCACCACAGAGUAAUGCAAAAGAAGCUCUAAAUAUAAAAAUAGAAGAGAGGCCUGUAUCAACAUCUUCAAGUGAAAGAAGCUUGACAGGCAGCGUACCCAGGGGUCAUAAGAGAAAGCUGGUUGAAGAUGAUGGUGCCAGUGAAUCCAGUAAAGGCUCCAGCAAUGAAGAUGAGGAGGGCAGCAGCUCAGAGGCAGAUGAAAUGGCAGCAGCACUGGAAGCUGAACUGAAUGACUUUAUGUAACCUCCAUAUGGAAGGGAAUUUUAUAGCCAUUUAGAAUUCCAGUGGUGGAUGUUUUCUUGUCCCCUUGAGAAGAUGGUGUAUAUUUUGCAAAGCAACAUAGGAGCUGAUAAUGCAUUAUUUACAAAAUCUGAAAUAAGAUGUUUUUAAGGUGUUUUACUCAAGGAAUGUAUACUUUUUAAAAGGAAAAGUAUUAAAGGAAGACUUGGUGUGAUGCCAAGACAUGUUAUGAGCUCUGCAGAACCUUCUUAUAUAACAGAGAGUAGUACAAAAAUUUGCAGCUGAACAUUUUAAAAAUAUUGCCAUGAUGGCUUUGGGUACCAAGCUUCAGAAAGAAGUCCUGAGGAAUAUAUUGCAUGGAUGAAAUAAAAGAUCCUGAUCAGGAUAUGUUUUUUUCACAGUGAGAUCUUAUCAAAUAGAAAGAUUUUUUAAAAAGAAUUUAUAUUUGUAUAGGACCUAAGAAUGCUAUAUGCAAGCUUUGUGAACUCUGCACUUGACCUACCUGCCACUUGCUUCUAAGAGAAUAUAUGAUGGUUGAUUCCCAUGUUUUUAAGUUACUUUGUGGAUUAGUUGUAUCUUUUAGGGGAGACCAUUUCGAUUUUUAACUUUACUUCUCUGUAAUUGCAGUUCUAGCACAGCCUACUCUGUGUAUUGUACUGCCAUAAAAACCAUAUUCAUUCAUUUUGUGUUGUGUUUGGAAGGAAUUGCUGCUAGCUAAUUCCAGAUAGCAUUUU